AUUAUUCGAACAUUUAUCUUCUGUUCUCCAUAUCAUGACCUCCUCAGCUCAAGAGCAAACAAAACAUCUGUUAAAAAUGGACAGCACGACAGCAGCCCCGCCACCAACGCCAUCAGCACAGCCGAACAGCCAACUUGCCUCUUCAGCAGCAUCUGCCGAUAUCCUCUCUCGUCUCCUCCAUCGCCUGCCCCCUACUCUCUCCCUCCCCACUCGCCGUUCCAGUCCUGCCACGUCUUUCCCUCUCAUCUCUCUCUCUGACCCAAACCUUCAAGACCUUCUAUUCUCUGCAUCCUCUCAACGCGGUUACUUUCAACUCACAAACCACAACAUACCUUCCAAACUCGCGACCUCAGCGGAGUUGGAAUCUGUUUCUCUAUUUGAUCUCCCUAAAGAUAAAAAAGAAUCGUACUUUCCUAAAAACUGGCCUCUGGGUUUCGAAGGAGAUGAAGAUGGAAACGGCGAGUCGUUUUGGUUGGACGCUGAGUGUUCCACUGUUUCAACUGAGUUGGUUUUAGCUUCCCUGCGCGAGCUAACUCGGGCUCUAGAGAAAGUGGGGUUAGAGGUAAUUCAAAUGCUUUCAAAUGGAGCGGGGUUCGAGAAUCCGCUAAAGGAGGAUCCGACCAGGAAUUAUUCAUUGUUAUGUUUACAUGGUGGUUUGGAUGGAAACGAUGACAGGCCUGGUCUGUCGGGUGGGUCUUAUCCUUACAUAGUCGGGUUGCAGUAUCAAAUUCGGUGCCAGAAGUAUUCCCUGCUGACGGAUUCGGGUUGGGUUACUGUGCUGCCACAGGUGGACUCAGUUAUGGUUACAGUCGGCGACAUUGCUCAGGUGUGGAGCAAUGGAAAAUUGAAGAAAGUAAGAGGAAGACCAAAGGCAUGCUUGGGAGAUUGUGAAAACUCGAGAUGCAUAUCGAUGUCACUACUAGUUACUCUUCCCUCGGAGAGUACAGUCUCUCCCCUCCUUCCUAAAGUGAUUACUGAUGGAAUUAAUGCAAACGAGGAUGAAAUCAGAGAAGAUGAAGAACAAGAUAAUAUUCAGAGUGUAUGUAAGACGGGAAGGAGAUUUGGCUCGUUUCCUUUCGAUGACUAUGCUUGGAGAGUGUAUCAUGGACCUCUCCUCUUCAAAGACCCUCUCGACAAAUAUCGCAUCUAGAUUCAUAAUUUUUUUGGUCUCAUUUUUCUUUCUUACUUUUUAUUCAGAGAAUUACAUUGAUGGUUUUGUAUUCCCAUACUGUGUGUUGUUUUCUCAUAUUGAUUUAUUUUUAAUUCCUUGCUUUA